AUGCUCGAGAGCGCCCACAGAAGAAUUCAGGGCCUCUUGGAAAUGGAGGAGAAAGAGGAGGAGGCGAUUGCGAUUUCCAACAGAUUGAUCGAGAUGUAUGGGCGAUUUGGGAGCGCCAGGAGCGCGCGGCGAGUAUUUGAUGGAUUGGCCGGGAAGAACUGCUCGUCCUGGAAGCUGAUGCUUUCGGCCUACUCGCGCAACGGAGAUUUGGACCAAGCCAGGCAAAUCUUUGACGCGAUGCCGGAGCACAGCAUUUUGUCCUGGAACACAAUCCUUGCCGCGUAUGCAGACAAUGGCUUUCUCGAUCGAGCGCAAGAGAUAUUUACCUCCAUGAAGCACCGAAACGCUGUCUCGUGGAACACAAUGUUCUUUGCAAAUGCCAGAAAUGGUCACCUUGAUAAAUCAAAGCGAAUCUUCUUAGCGAUGCCACAACACAGCGUGGUAUCUUGCACGGCAAUGCUAUCGGCAUUAGCACAAGCCAGUAAAGUUGAAGACGCUGAAAUUUUGUUUGACAAGAUGCCCGAAAGAAACCUCGUUACGUGGAAUGCCAUGCUUUCAGCAUAUGCCCAAAGUGGGCAUUUUGAUAAAGCAGUGUCAUUCUUUCUAGAGAUGCCCCUUUUAAAUCUCAUUUCUUGGAAUACAUAUCUCUUUGGACACAUACAAGCUGGUAACCUUGAAAAUGUAAAAUCCAUUCUGGAAAAGAUACCCGAAAAGGAUGUAAUCUCUGAAACCACACUACUAACAGCAUAUGCCCAAUCUGGGCAUAUAGAGGACGCGAAAGAAAUAUUCUUGGCCAUGGAGCACAGGAAUCUCGUCACCUGGAACGCAAUGCUCACGGCAUAUACCGUGGCUGGCAAGCUUGAAGACGCAAAAAGAGUUUUCGAUGGGCUGCCAGAGACAAACAUUGCAUAUUGA